AUACCGAGCCAAGUGAAAAGGUCGCUGCGACAACAAGUGCGCAGGCCUUUUCGCGGCUCCGAUGGCCCUCUGGACUUUCACACUGCUUGCCACUGCGCUGGCGCAGACGGAGGAAUUUGCGUGCACUCUCCCGGCAUCUUAUUCCCAGGCGAGCCUGAAGAAGCUGAUCAGCCUGAACUGCGACAAGGUCAGCACGACUGUGAAUGACUUCACUGCUCUCGAAUCGGAUCAAUCCGAUCUUGAUAGAGGUUUGGUGAUGCUGCUGGGCGAUGAUUACAGCCUUGAGAAUGUGCAGUGGCAAGAGAAGGGCACCAAAGCCAUGGACUACUGCGAGGACGCAAAGAGGCUCCUGGCAAGGGCAGAGGCGGAAGCCUGGAGCUCCCCGGAGAAUGAGACCCUGGAGAAGAUGCGCAACGCCAGCUUGCUGGCGGUGAACGCGUGGGGCACUGUGAUGCUGCAGGGCCGCAAGUGCUGCACCCUGCCGCGGGCGCCCUACUGCAUCGACCAGAGCUGGUCUGCCUCUACGGUGGCCUUGUUGGUGCCGGUGGCUGGGCUCGCCAUCCUGUUCACCGUCUCCGUGAUCUCGUCCUGGAUCCUGCCGCAGCCCAGCAAAGAGCCAGAGCAGAUGACAGAACGCGAUGAGACGCUGAGCCGGCCGGGCAGCCGCACGCCAAGGGUCUCCUGCCGCAGUGCCCUGAAGAAAGAGCUGGAGAUGGAAUGGCUGCAGAAGAAUUGCCUUCGUGUGCUCCCGGGCGCCUCCGACUUUGCCAACACAACCUCCAGCAUUUUCGGUGCGUUGAAGGAGUCUUUUGAUUUCCAGGCGGACAGUGUGAGAAACCAGUACGAGCACUUCCUGUCCCUCUGGCGGUCCCAGGUGGCCAUGGUGGCGGACCGCUCCGUGGGCCAGGGCGCCAGCGUCAACGAGCGGGAACUGCUCUACGAGGCUGCGGGGGACCUGUACUUCGAGAUGAUGGACGGGUUCCUCCGGUGGCGCAAUGAGCUCUCUGCGGUGGAGGCCAACUCGGUGCCUGAGCUCAAGGAGGACGAGCAGCGUCCGGUAGGCGGCGCCAAGUUCGAGCCUCUGAAACGAGAGGGGGUGGACCCCGCCUCGGCCGCCAUCUUGUCUCGGCAGCUCACGGAGAUGGCCACCUAUCUGCUGGUCUGGGGGGAGGCGGGCAACGUGCGAUUCAUGCCGGAGGCGGUGUACUUCAUUACGGAGCUGGCGCUCGCGGCGAAUCCUGCGGAUUUCGAGGAGGUUUAUGGCUCAGCCAUCCCAGAGCCCAGUUUGCCUGGGGCCCCCUUCCGCAGCAACCUCUUCCUCAGCAAGGUCAUCCGGCCAAUCUACAACGUGGUCUUCGAUGAGUGGUAUCAGUACGUAGACAUCGACGCCAAUAACCAGAAAGACAAGAAGAAGCUGAAGCCUGGCCUUGAGAACUUCUUGCCCCCAGAUGUGGCCAACUACGACGAUUGGAACGAGUUCUUCUGCGACCCGGCUCGGAUGAUGGAGGGCAUUUUGCUGCAGGACGGCACUCGGCUCUUUGAUUUGCCCCACGAUCGGCGCUUUCUGGCGCUGCCACGGGUGGACUGGCAGGUGACGCUGGAGGCGGCCGAGACGAAGACCCACCGAGAGAUCCACUCCCUGUGGGGCGUCUUCGCCAGCACCCACCGCAUCGUGCUGCUGCACUUGGUGCUCUUCUUCGCCGGGGUCUGCACGGUGACCGGGGACCCGGACCCAAACUACGGAGUCCCCAUCAUGGGCCAGUCCACUGCGGUGCGCUUUAGCGCGGUGGCGCUGGUGGUGCCCGUGCACGCGCUGCUGUGGGCCAUGGCGCGGUGGCAGGUCACCGGCCGCGUGCUGCGGCUCCAACAGCCACUGACCUGCGUCACACGCAGCAUUUGGAAGACACUGUGGUGGAUGCUCCCCGUGCUGACCUAUGCCGGAAUUCGGGAUGCUUGCUUAGAGGACAGCCAAUUCGGUUUGCCUUUGACUCCCCUUCUGGUGUUCCACUUCGCGCUAUCUGGGACCGGGCUCUUUUACUUGCUUUUCGUGCCCUCUGGCUCGUGCAUUCGAAGCUGCGGAAGCAACUCCGACAAGAUGUGGGAGAUGAGCCAAGUGCCACUCAUGAACCGACUGGUUCGCUACGGCUUUUGGUUUGUGCUGAUUGCGGUGAAAUUCAUGCUAGGCCUCAUCAUCUUCGGUACCAUGUUCGAGGCGACACAGUCCCUGCAGAUUGCCCUGCCGGGCCGGGAGAGCGUAUCGGAGAUUUCAGAGAUCUACUACAGCACUGAGUGGGGCUCCGACUUCCUCCUGUGGUUCGUGCUGUGGUUCACCACGCUGGUGCUCUUUAUCUCAGACACCCAGCUUUGGUUCACGGUGCUCUGCUCCAUUUUGGGCGUCUCCACGGUGUUGGUGCAGCGGGGCUGCCGUGUCUUCGCCUGGGCUCUGGAGGACUCCGUGGCCAAGUUGCCCGAGCGCUUCUCGCGGAAGGUGUUGCCCUAUUCCUUCGCGGGAUCUGAGAGCCGUGUCGGGGAACAGGUGGCCCAGUUCUCGCCCUACUUCCCAGCCAUUUGGGACCGCAUCCUGGAGUACAUGCGCUAUGAGGACAAGAUCGACAACCACCUCAUGGGUGACCUCUCCUUCAAGUCGGGGGAAUCCGGGCAUCAGGUCUACUGGAAACAGCUGCGGCAGCCCGUGGGACGGCGCCGCCAGCCCGUGGUCCCCGACGGCAUGGGCAGCGCCGCCCUCGGCGAGCGGGAGAUGCCAGGAGGGACCUACGCGGCGACCACGACCCUCGAGAAGAUGGGCAAGCCGCGGCGGAAGAUCAAAGUCCCCGACAUCUUCCGGGAAAAGACUGCCUUUGAGGCGGGCUUUAAGACCUACUGCUGCAUGAACGACGGGCACUGGCCCAACAACGCGGACGUCCAGUGGCGGCUUCUGGCCUUGAGCCGUGGCCUGGGUCUGCCCAUGCCGCGGCCUUUCCGGGCGCCCUACUUCCCCGGGCUGACGGUGUGCAUCCCGCACUAUGGGGAGUCCAUCUUGAUGCAAAAGAAGGAGCUCUUCCAAGGCCGCGAGGAGACGGUGCCGUUGAUGGACUGGCUGGCUGCGAAGUAUGAGGAGGAGUUUCUAACCUUCUCAAACCGCAUGCAGGUGAAGUGGGGCGACAGCGGAUGGCCAGUGCAAGGAAGCCAGUGGGAAGAGUAUACGGACCAACAAUGGAGCACCAUCAGCGCUUGGGCAUCGAUGCGGAUGCAGACCCUUUGGCGUACCGUUGCGGGCAUGUGCCUCUACCACCCAGCGAUCCAAUGCCAUUGGGAGGUCCAGGCGGACAAGAAGAGCAGCCUAGCGCAGCCGGGGAUUUGGAACCCCAGCGACUGCUUCACCUGCCUGGUCUCCAUGCAGAUGUACAAGUUCUUUGACAAGACCAAUCUGGAGCACACCAACAGGAUGUUCGCCAAGUUUCCGGACUGCCUGAAAGUGGCCUUCAUCGAUUGCGAGGACAAGGGCAUUACGGGCGAGUUGGACCUGGUGCAUCCCAAGCAGAAGCGUCGCUACUACUCCAGCCUCAUCGACGGCAGCUGCGAGGACCUACCCACGGGCCUCAAGAAGGCGAAGUUCCGGGUCGAGCAGCCGGGUUACCCGAUCCUUGGGGAUGGCAAGGGUGACAAUCAGAACCAUGCCAUCCCCUUCAUGCGGGGUGUGUUCAGCCAGUGUAUCGAUGCCAACCAGGGCGCCUACUUUGAGCAGAUGAUGCUGCUCCCUUGCGCGCUGGGUGAGUUCCGCUCCAAGAAGCGGGGCGACGGCCUGUCCAAGCGUAUCGUGGGCUUUCCGGAGCACAUCACCAGCGACAUCGGCUCCAUCGGAGACUUCGCGGCCUCGGCGGAGGUGGCCUUUGGGACCAUCCUCCAGCGGUCCUACGCCGUUCUGGGUGCCAGGAUGCACUACGGGCAUCCGGACAUCAUGAACAAGCUCUACAUGAUGCAGCAGGGCGGUGUGUCCAAAGCAACAAAGACGGUGAACCUUUCAGAGGACAUCUUUGCAGGUAUGGACUUCACUCUGCGCGGGAAUGGCCGGAACAUCAAGCACGCGGAGUACUUCAACCUGGCCAAGGGCCGAGAUCUGGGCUUCAACACUGUGCUGGGCUUCUUCUCGAAGCUGUCCUCCGGCACGGGUGAGCAGGUGCUGACUCGGCAAGCCUUCCGGCUCCAUCAAGUGCUGCACCUGCCGGAGGCGCUGACGUUCUACUACGCCCAUGUUGGAUACUACUUCACGCAGCUGUUCGUCUCGUGGAGUAUGCCUUUGCUCGUCUUCGUUUGGCUUCUUGUGCUGCUGGCUGACGAGGUCCGGGGCGGCAUCUUCGAGGCCUUCCUGAACUUGGAGCAGGUGCAGAUGACAUCCGCAGAGGUGAUGGCAAAGACUGUGGGUGUGUGGUUCUCAUGGUUGCUGCUGCUCUUUUUGAUCGCCACCUCGCUACCGCUCCUGGCGGAGAUCUGGAUGGAGCGCAACCUCAAGGUGGCAGUGGAACGAUUCCUCAAGCAGAUGCUCACUAUGUCCCCGCUCAUGUUCAUCUUCCAGGCGAAGAUCAUCGGGCAUUACGUCAUCAAUGAGAUCCGCUACGGGGGCGCCACCUACGUCUCCACGGGCCGUGGCUUGCCCACGGACCGCCGGCCCUUCAUCGGAGAGGCCGUGCCAGGCAAGUUUCAGCUCAAGAAGAUGGGCGGCUUGUAUUUGGACUAUGCCUCCAUCGCCUACUACGACGGCGUCACCUUGCUUUUUGGCGUGCUGCUUAUCUUGAUGGCCGGGGGCGUGUCAGGCGCAGGGCUCUAUGCCAGAGACGUGUGGUGGGUCUUCAUUUGCUUGGGCCUCACGGUGGCCUCCUGGCUUUGGGCGCCGUUCCUGUUCAACCCCUACCAGUUUGUUUGGAAGCACUUUGUCGAGGACUUUCGGUGCCUCGUUGCCUUUUUCUUGGAGGGCAGCGGCCGGCAUUGGGUGGAGUGGUACGACCGCACCCAGCUGAAGCCCCGCGGGGGCGGGCUCCACAAGUCCAUGGUGGACAUCACGUUCGUAGUUGCAGUGUUCUUUUUGGCUGCCUGGUACGCCAUGAUCAACAUGAAGAUCGACGCCCUGAUGUUGGCCUACUCAGGAGCCGUGUCCGGCAACAUGCUGCACAUCGCUGUCCUGUUGCCUCCAAUUGGCGCAUCCUUCCUGUACUGUGUGCUCGCAGUGCUUUUCGAGACGCUGGUGGGCUGCUCCAGCAUCCUGCGCCGGCGCAUCAAGCCCAAGCGCUCGAAGGCCCUGACGACGGCUCUCAGCAGUGCCAUGCCUGCGCCCAAGGACGCGGAGCCAACGCCUACGGGCGAGGCAGACGUGGAGGAAGGAGUGCGGGAGCUGACAGGCACGGAGGAGGAAGAGGAGGAGGAGGAGGUGCCCCAUGCCACAGCGCAGGACCGCGAGGUGGCGCCGGCGCCAGCGGCAGCGGCCAUGCCGCGGGGGGCCACCAUGCCGGAGGCAGGGCCACGUUGGUGUGAACUGGGAAUUCCGCUCUCCUUCUCGGCCUGGACGGUGACGGUGCUGGACCUGGCAGAAGCUGUCUAUGCAAUUUACGUCUUCGUGGCCAUCGGCUGGAGGAACGCCUCCGUAGCCGGCUUCAUCCUGAAGUGGGGCCUUCUGAUGAUGUGCAUCUUUUUCGGUGAAGGGAUGCUCAGGUCCAGGUGCUGCAACGUCCUGGGCUGCUGCGGGCUGCCUUUGCAGCUGUGGGUGCGUGCGCACCGCAUGUCACGCGACAUCAUGGUGUCCUCUCUUAUCUUCUCAGUGAUGGUGCCUUUUGUCCUGCUGAACAGCAUCAAUGACUACCUUUGCCCUGGCUGCAGUGCUCAUCAGCUCCUCAUCUACCGAGAUCCAGGGCACCUGGCUCGUGCAGAAGCAGUCGUGGUGGAUAUCGGCGACGGGGAUUGGUUUGAGCUCAGGAUGACAGGGGUCCCUUUGAUGGAGCGAUGCCCCAUCCGAAGCCGCCACAGGCCCACAUGCACUGAGCGAUAUCGUUCCGCCCGCAUCCUCUUUUGGGCCCAGAAAUGCGGGCUACACUUUGGCCCUCGGCCCUUUGCCAAAACUAGCUCAGAGGGCCGGGCGAUUCAAGUAAUUAGCCAAUUUGGGGCAAAGCAUGUACCCCAACAGCCCUUUGAAAAUUCGAGCUCCUUCACUCCGGUGCAGUGUGGGCCAGGCAGAUUUGGUGCCCAGGCUGGCAGAAGUUUGUUUUUCUGGGCAGUUCACACUCUCAGGAGUCGAGGGGUCAUGUAUAGGCAUCACUUGGCAGUGCAGAAUGCACAGGCCUGCGAUUGAGUUCGCGAACCGUAGGCUAGGUCCUUUCUUAGAGACUGGACGACUGCAGCAGCUUGC